AUGUAUAAAAUAACACCGCCUUCUCAGUAAACUUACAAGGGUCCUAAAUUACAUUAGAGUCCCAUCACUUAAUUGUAAAAUAAUGAAACCUUAACAGAAGACAUCUUACAGAGUUCCUCUGAACAGUAUAGGGAAUAAUUAGAAUAGAUGUUAGAUCUGAAACCAAGUAUAAGGGAUUUUAAAUAAACUUAAAACAAUAAUAAAUAAGACUUAUGGAACACAAUAUAAUAAAUUGAAAAAAGAAUGCAAGAAUAAGAAUAAAACUUAUAAAAAGUCAACAACGAAUAACAAGAAGAAAUUAAUAAAUUAAAAAGUGAAAUAAAAUAACAGAAACAAUAAUAUGAGUAGGAGAUAGAAGAAAUUAAAUACUCCUCCAGAAUUCAGAGCUAAAAGCCUUAAUCUUAUAAUUCUUAUACUCCCAAAAAUACUCGUGAAUAUAGUUAUCGAAGUGUUAGCAACAAUAAUAUUGAUGAUAUGCAGGAAAAGAUUUAUUUAUAAUAAUUGGUGUAGGAAUUAAGAUAACAAAUCCUUGCUCUAUAAUAAAAAAAUUACUAUACUCCUAAUCAAAAUAAUGAUAAUGUUUGGGAAUAAAAGUUUAGGUAAUUAGAAAAAUAGAAAGAAACUGAAUUGUCUAUGAAAGAUUAACAUCAUAUAGAACGUAUAUGUAAUCUAGAAACUUAAUUGCUUAAUUAAAAAUAAUCAUAUGAGAAUGAGUUGUUUACAAUCAGAAAGAUCUUAGAUGAAAAAAGUAAAGAAGACUCUCAACUUAGAAAUCAGAAUUAAUAAUUACAAAAGGAUCUAAAUUCUUAUAUCCAUUAAGUAAUCUCUUUAUUUUUUAAUUAGUUUAAUUUAUUAUCUCAAUAGAGUUAAUCAUAGAAUCAGUAAAUCUAACAGUAUCAAAUUUAAAUAUAAUAAUUAUCCAAUCAAUUGCAAUAGUAGCAACCAAUCAAUAAUCAACAUUAAUUACUUGAGCUUGCUAAUCAGCUAUAAGCUUUAACAUAACUUUUAGAAAAAAAGAAUCAGGAAUGCGAAUAUUAUAAAUAGAAGUUAUUCUAAAAUUAGUAGCCUUUGUAGUAGAAUCAAUAAAUAAUUACUUAUCGCCAAGCUCUAACACCUACUAGACAAAAUAUUGUUUAAAAAACUUCUGAUUCAAUUGUCUUUCCUACUUUAACUAAAUAAUAAGUUUUAUAGCAGUUUUAAUGA